AAAGCUUCAGUCCAAAGGCAGGCAGCCCCCCAUUCUACUCAUCAUCCACAUAAUCCUUAAAAUCAAUCUUCUAAAGAAGAAACAGAAGCUAGCAGAUGAUGACAGAGGCGGGGAGAACCAGAAGAGGCGGCAAUGGCGGCUCUGUUAAGCUUCAUCACAAUGCCGCCAAAGACGGUGGCGGCAAUUCUCAAGAAACGCGCGAGGGAAACCAUGGAGCUCAACAAGCCAAGAGGAAAAUCUGGAAAUCUGAGGGCAGCCCAGUUCAGGUUUCAAGAAAAAGAUCCCAACUUUGCAGUGAUUCGGGCCCGAAAAGCCCCGCGAUCCAGAUCAAGAAGACGACGAGAUCUGCCGCCAGCUCUGCUCCAAUUCUCAAGAAUGUGAGAUCGAGACCUGCUGCGGCGGAGUCGUCAGAUCUUGAGCUGAAAUGCGAGGAAGAAAAGGGUAUUUUGGUCAAAUCAGUGGUUAAAGACACAAACUUUGAAGAGAAUGAUAAUAGUAAUAAUGGCAUUGCCUUGGUGGGCAAAAUUGAGAAUGCAAAGGCAAAUGGGAUUGGAGAAACAAGAUCUGAGUGCGAGGAAAAAGUCAUCACACCCAUUGUGGACUUGGCUCUGCUCAAAUCUCCACAUAAAGUGGAAACAGAAAAUCUUGAAGAAGAAGAAGAAAUUGAGAUGAAAGAAAUGGGAGUUUCAGAAGAUCAAAAGCCUGAAGAGAUUGUGACAGAUGAGAAGAAGAAGAUGAUGAUGAUGAUGAUGAAAAUGUGUAAUUCUCCCCUUUCUGAAAAUGGAAAUCCCAGAUUUACCCCAGCAAAAAAUUCACAUUCCAUUUCCAGUCCCCAAUGCAGAUUACAGAGUCUGGUUGAUUUGGUUAUGUGGAGAGAUGCAUCAAAAUCUGCAUUUAUCUUUGGGUUUGGAACAUUUAUUAUCAUCUCUUCUUCAUUCUCUCAAGAGCUUCAAUUCAGCUUCAUCUCUAUGGUUUCCUACCUCAGUCUCCUCUAUCUUGUUGUAGUCUUCCUCUACAAAUCCCUUGCCCCUAAAAGGGAAGGCAUUGUUGAGGGGGAGAAAAGAGGAAAUGUAGUUGGAGAGGAGGAGGCAAUAAGGCUUCUCAAACUCAUACUUCCCUAUGUGAAUCACUUUCUCUUCAAAAUCAAAGUCCUUUUCUCAGGGGACCCUGCAACAACAAUGAAGAUGGGAGUGGUGCUCUUUGUUUUGGCACAAUGUGGCACCAACUUAACCUUCUCCAAGAUGGCCAAAUUGGGCUUCUUCGGAGUUUUCAUCUUACCAAAAAUCGCUUCUUCCUAUUCCCCGCACUUAACAGCAUACGGUAAGUUUUGGGGGAGAAGAUAUAGAGACUCAUGGGAGAGUUGCAGACAUAAAAAGGCCGUAGCGUUUGGCUUCUUCGCACUCCUCUGGAAUUUGUCUUCUUUCUCUGCUAGACUUUGGGCAGCAUUCAUGUUAUACGUGGCGUUUAGAUACUACCAACAAGAAUUCAAGGGCAGAGAGGGGUGGGACUCUGAGGUCAAAAUUGUAAAACCGCAUGAAGCAGCCAAGACUGGUCUUCGACACGUUGCACGGAACAAAUUAAAUUAAUAUUAAUAAUAAUUUUUUUAAAAU